UUUUUCUUUUUCUGAAUUUAUAAUCCGUUUUUCCUGAUCGGUGACUUCAUUGACAUCAAUUUUCGCAUUUCCAUCCUCUAAAUGCUGCCCUUUUUUUAACCGAUUUUGACAGAGAUCUGCCAUUUAUCGGCAAUGCUGGUCUCAAAUUAUUGGCUAAUUAAACUAUGAUUUUUUAAUCGGUGCGAGACCAUUUUACCAGUUUAUUUUCCGGCGCGAAACAAUUUUGAGAAAUCUUUUCCAACGUUUUUGGAGCUUGAAAGCCCAUCGCAAGCUAAAUCCAUUCACAUUAAACUCACCAAGAACAGCUGUGCAAAAGGUCUGCAUAUUUUAAUUUUGUCAACAUUUGUGGCAGUUGCAGAAAUGGCAAAAGCGAGGGACAAGACUGAAGAAUUCAAGGAAGCUGUUCGCACCAUAGCAUCUAAGGAGGGAUACGAUGAGAUCACAAGCACGCUAGUCGACACAUGAUUGAAGAUCAAAAUCAUAGUUCGCAAACCCGGACUCGGAGAGUACUCGGCAAGCCCCAAAUUUUCAACUCGGCUAAGAUGGCAAAAAUAUCGGCAUCUUUGAUUUUACGUAGACCUCUACAAAAAUCUCAAUUUAUCAAAUCAGCUCUUAAAACUCUUGAAAGUAUUCGGACAUUGGAAACUUUUGUUCUAGACCACCGAAAGGAUUAUGUAGAUCGGCAUCGCACUACAGAGCAAGAUCGGGACAGCAUCGAACAUGAGGUUCAAGUGUUUGUAAAAGCAUGUAGGGAACAGAUAGAGAUACUGAAGAAUAGUGUACAGAUUGAAAACAAAAGAGGAAGAAGCGUGAGUUGGAUUGAUGGUCAAGAAGAAGUUGGGAAUGCAGAUAUCAUUGCACACAAGCAUGGUGUGAUGUUAAUUCUAAGCGAGCGUCUGCAUGCAGUCACUGCAUUGUUUGACCAAUUGCGUGCUGCACGAUUCCAAGAAGCUAUAGAUAAAACAAUUCCUAGAAGGGCGCGCAAUUUUCAGUCAAAGAAUAACUCUUUAAAAACAUCAGUUGGUGAUUAUAUGAAUGGGAUUGAAGUCACUCAACAUAAUGUCCAGGCUGAACAACAGGGUAAUCAACAACAGUUACUAGAUGAGGAGACACAGGCGCUGCAGGUAGAAUUGACCAAUCUUCUAGAUACAGUACAAGAAACGGAGAGAAAGGUGAUAGAAAUGUCUGCCUUGAAUCAUCUAUUAUCAACUCAUGUCCUGCAUCAAGCCCAGCAAAUAGAACUCUUGUAUGAGCAGGCAAUUGAAGCUACACAAAAUGUGGAUAAGGGUAAUAAAGAGUUGGCCAAAGCAAUACAGCGCAACAGUAGUAGUAGAACUUUUCUUCUUUUAUUUCUUGUUGUCCUUCCCCUUGCACUUCUAUUCCUUGAUUGGUAUCAAUAAUUUCUGCUGCUUGUUUUUUGUUUCUUUAUUUAUCUAUUGUGUACAUACACUUCAUUCUAAACGGCGUUUCAUGCAUAUAUUUUAAUGAAAUCUUAUGUGCGGGUAAGAAAUGUAUGUGUAUUGAGUGGUGGAUAUUAUUGGCAAUUAUCAUUACAUCAUAUUUCCCUAACCAAAUCUACUUGAAACUUACAAACAUUGUAAAUCAUUUUAACAAUGAAUUCCUAGAUUUGUUGA